GGCAGGUGGCUGCACUGGCACGCUAAAGAAAAUGGCCGCGGCCCGCGACGAUGCGAUAGACGUGCGUCUUCUGUAUUCGCGUUGAAACACGGUCCGUCCGCGAAAGAUUGCGGGAGUUGUCGACCGUAUCGGGAUGAUAUUGUGCGGAAGUCGUGUUAAUCGUCGCGCACGCAGUGAGAGAGCAACGGUGCCGCAGUUUUAACCUGCCGAUCGGUGUGGCUCGACUACUGGCGAACGGCCCGAAUGUGUUUUGUUUUCGGCGGACAUUAUUAAAUGGGUCUUUCGAUGUUUCCCGUAAAAAUGCACAUGGACAUCCAGAUAGCGGCGGUUUAGGCGUGCAUCUCAUCGGGGUGGGAAUAGGAGACCAGUGCGGGGUGUCCGGGUGGGGCGCGGAUGACUCCCGAAGCGCGCCCUUCGAGGUUAUGUCCGGGCGUACGGGGCGGCGUCUCGUUUAAAGUGCCACGGGCCAUGUGAAAGACGCUCGCAGAUCGACACACUGGAUCGAGCCAACACUGGGCCCGGGGGUUGUCUAGACGGCGGCGGGACGCUCCCCCCCGUCGUCCCUCAGCCCCCGAUACUGCCGCAGCUCCACCAGGAGGUGACCCCGAAGCAGGCCGUGGUCGAAAGGCUGCGCAGACGCAUCGAGUCGUACCGGCGUCGUCAGAGCGACUGCAUGCCUCGUUUCGAUCAGUCCUUCACGGGACUGUGCGAGCAGAAUCUGCAGGACACGCUGCAGCUGAAGCAGCGCUACCUCGACGCGAAGGCCAAGCGCGUGUCCAAAACGAAAGACAAGAAACAGGACUCGAUCCAAAGUAGCGUUCACGUGCAAAAGUUCCUGAAGAGGUCCGUCGAUGAGCUGGACCCGGGGAACGGCGCCGACGGCUUCGAGCCGCCGGUGAAGCUCCAGUGUACGGCGCAACAGCACGGCAGCCACCAAAACGAGGGCCUCACCAAGUUCUCGGUGGAGAUCGUGCAGCAGCUCGAGUUCACUACGUCGGCGGCGAGCUCGCAACCCCAGCAGAUCAGCACGAAUGUCACCGUCAAGACGCACGCGAACGCCAGCGUCAAGAACGACGUUUCGUCGCCGAAAUCGAACCCCUCGACGCCCGUCCAGCAGCAGCAGCAGCAGCAAAAGGUCGGCCUCGACGUCGGCACCUUGGUGGAAUGCGUCAAACAGGAGCCGGACAACGAUUUCGCGGACCUGGACUCGUGCGCCGCGGCGCUCGAGAAGGACGCCGCCGCCAACGGCGGCGCCGGCUUCGCCGCCUCCUUCCCCGACCUCAUCGGGGACGACACCAACGACGAGAUCAUGUCGUCGGCCGCGUUCAAGGACCUCAUCUCCGACAUCAGCAAUUACUCGGACUAUCCGGAACUGAUGAAGGAGUUCGAUUUCGAGGACAAGGGCAGCGACUUGGGCGUCAACGCCAUGAAGAUGGAGGAUAUCAAAGAUUUGGGACCGUCGUCGGGUUUGGCGGGGCCGGAUUCGAAGUCGUCGGCGCACGCCGCCCUCAUGGGCAACGUGCAGGGCGGCUACUCGCCGCCCGUGUUCGAAAAGGGCGGAGGCGCCGGUCAAAUCGCGAAUCGGCUACCCUACUCUAACAUGGACUUCACCAAAACCGAGCUGAGUCCCGCCGCGCAAACUCUGAAACAAAUGGCCGAACAGCACCAGCACAAGAACCAGAUGGGGUUGAGUUACAGUCCGGCGGGCAGGACGCCCAACUCCCGAUCGCCGUACCAGGACUUCCAGGGCUUUCAGGGCGACUACGGGAGCCCCAAUUCGAACCCGAGCUUCCACAAGGGCAGCCCGAACUUCCCGCAGCCGCCCGACAUGAUCAAGCAGGAGAUGAUCUUCCAGAGCGGCGAUUUCAACGAGAUGAAACGGAAACCGGGGGCGGCUACUGGCGGCGGCGGCACCGGGAGCGGCAUGUACGCCAAACAGCAGCAGUAUUCGCCGUACGGGAGCCCCGGCGGCCACGGGAGCCCCGGGUUCCUGCCUACGGGAAGGGGCGGCGCCCCGCCGUCCAAUUCCGCGCCUUUCGGCGGCGGCACGCCGCCCAGACCUUCGUCCGGAUCGGGGGGCGGCGCUCAGAGUCAGGGCGGCGCCGCCUCCGUGCAGAUCAACCAGGCGCAGCAGCUCAAUAUCAACCCGCAGAGCCACGGGCACGCCAUCCAGGUGUCGGCGGGGCAACAGCUCCACUUCUCGUCCGACCUCAAGGGUAACGUUUCGAUCGCCGCGCAACAGGGCAUGCACUUCAGUCAACACCCAGCGGCGCCAUCUGGCGGCGGAACGGCGCAAACGCCGCAAGGCGCGUCCGCCCACCAAACCGGCAACCCGCAAACCUCCAUGAACCAGCAGCAACCGCCGAUGGGUUCGAUGGGCGCGCAACAGCAACCUACCAUGAUGGGCGGGCACGUGAUGGGCGACGGCAGCUACUCGCUGUCCCAGACGCAGACCAUCAACUUUACGCAGCAAAGUUUGAGGAGGGCGACCGCCCCCAUGGGUUCGGCCGCCCAGAUGGGCCCGCGACUCAUAUCCGACCAGCAGAAGCUACUCCAACAACAGCACAUGCUGAGGAUGCAGCAACAGCAGCAGCAGCAGCAGGCGGCGGCGCUUCAGCAACAACAGCUGCGUCCGCCCCCGCCAGAGUACAAGGCGAGCAUGCAGCCGAGGUACCCGCCCCCGAACAUGAGACGCAUGCCCCACCAGGCCAUACCGCCGUCUGGACCCAUGAUCCGCACCAACAUGUACAUGCUGCAGCAGCAGCAACAGCAACAGCAGCAGCAGCAGCAGAUGCCUGCCCGUGCCAUGUACAGUGGUCGUCAGCAGGGACCGAUGGGCGGCAUGGAGGCGGUGCAGCAGAAUAACGGCGAGUGGCGCCACCUGCUCAUGACGCAGCAGCAGAGCGCGAGCUUCGCGUCCAUGAGGCCCGGCUUCCAGCAGGGCAACUUCAACAUGGCCGGCAACCAGAUGCAGCAGCAGAUGUCGGCGCUGCACCAACAGCAACAGUUGAGGUCGCAGCAGCAGGGCAUGGGGGCGAACUUGGGGCAGCUGAUGGGCCAGGGGGGCGGGCCGAUGGCCCAAAUGAACGGCAUGAGCCAGGCGAUGCUCAACCAUAUGCAGCAGCAGCAGCAGCAGCAACAGCACACGCUCGCCCAACAGCAACAAAAUUCGCAGAUGUCCAUGUCUGGUAUCCACAUGCACCAGUCGCAGUCGAUAUCGGUAAGCGGCCACCAGGUGGCGCAGCAGCCGCAACAGCCGGCGAGCCUGAUGGGCGGGGGCGGCAACUCGCUCGCCACCUUCAACGCGCAAGCGACCGAUUUCAGCUUCGAGUUCCUCGACAACCUGCCGGGGCCGGGCGACUCCGCCUCCCUCACCGAUCAGGAGCUGCUCAACUCGUUCGACAGCGACGCUGGAUUCAACCUGGAUUUCUAGGUUAUGCGAGAGAGGGCAUAAAGGAGUAUUCUAAAUAGGGGGGGGAGGGGGGCGAAAAAAACACUUUUGUAAAUACGUGGGCAAUAUAUAUAUAUAUACAUAGAGAUAUUGUUGGUAUAGUGGGUUAAUUAGACAGAGCCAAACGUUAUGAAAAGUAGUCAAUAUUAGCGAAUUUUUUUAAAAAAAGGUGUAUAGGAGGGGGGAGUUGAAAUAAAAAAAAAAUCGAAAUGUUUCGAGACGCAGCUCUCUAGCGUUUAUUUUACUCGGAACGUCGCGCAGGCAGAUAUGAAGAUAACCGAAAAACAUAUAUACAGGGUGUUCUGUUUUCUAUUGGUUGUUAUUUUUGACGGAAAACAUUGGUUUUGGCGAUACACACGCCUGUAUUUCAGCAUUUUAAAAAUAUAUCAAAAACGAAUUCGGUGUCUGCCUCACCAAAACACUGUUAAUAAUUUGGUCGGACCAGAGAAUCUCAUUUUCGUUCGUACGUAGCGAGGAAGGGGGGUCGGUAUAUUUACGACGACGACAUUCCAUAUUUUUCUUGGUUGUAAACGAAUGGCAAUUCCGCACGGUCCCAGUAUUUUCCGUUAGUCCGCCAUUAACGAAUCGUUAUUGUUCCUUUCCGGGGUUCCCCACAAAUACGGGAGUCCCGUUCGUUUCUCGUGCCGGACCGCAACAGUUUUUAUUUUUGUACGAAACCUUAUUUAUAUAUAUAUAUUUGUGUGUACUUAGACAAAUAAAAUUGUUAUAUCGGUAAUGAUUUUUACGGACGUACAAGAGUUUAUAUUGUGAGUAUAUAUAUAUUCCAUGUUUUGUAGAUUUAUUAUAUAAAUGGAGGUGAUUACUAUAUUAUAGCGAAACAUUUACUAUUGACCUGCGUUUUAUUUAUCCAAAAUCCACGAAACCUUAUCUUCUAUUCAAUGUAAACUAAACGUUUAUCAAAAAUGGAAUGAAAUUUUAAGAUUAAAUUAAAUUUCCGCCGCAUCUUUUUUAAACACGCUGUACCUUGAUAAAAUAAAAAUCCUAGGAUAACGUCACUUUCAUGACUUCAUUCUUCUCCGUUACGACUCAAAGUAAAUUGUUAUACACGUAAAAACGCAAACGGCCAAAUAGAAUAAAUUGUUUUUCAACCAGCCAGUACCGAUAAACACGAUAAAAACCUUUCUCAUUUAAUUCGUCACAUUCUUUUCGUUGGGCUCUCAAUAGAAGGGG